AUGACAUACACGAGAGACGCGGACGUGCUGUUUCCAUAUGGAAUAACUACCGACGGUGAACAAGCGAAAAAAGUGCCACCGUACAACGCCAGUCGCGGGGUGCGGCCAGUGGCCUGGAUGGUGUCUCAUUGCAUCACCGUGUGUAAGAGGGAGCAAUACGUCGCCCAGCUGCGACACCACAUUGCAGUGGACACAUUCGGCAAGUGCGGCGAGCAACAGUGUUCCGGCAACAAAGAUGACUGCUACCGUCGCCUCGCCGAGACGCACCUCUUCUACCUGUCCUUCGAAAACAGUCUCUGCGACGACUACAUCACAGAGAAGUUCUGGUUUGCGCUGCGGUACGGGAUGGUGCCGGUGGUGCGCGGCCCGUCGCCGCAGUCCUACCACCGCGUGGCACCGCCCAACUCCUUCAUCCACGUGGAGGAUUUCGCCGGGCCCAAGGCUCUGGCCGCCCAUCUGCUGGCGCUGUCUCGCAAUCAGACGGCUUAUGAGGAGUACCAUGCAUGGCGCAGCUCCCACAAGGUGCAGUAUCCCCGAGCCAUGUGUAAUCUGUGCCACCGGCUGCAUUACGGUGAUCGGCCGAAGCCGCUGCGCUUGUCGAAACUUUGGUCCGUGGCGGACCUGUGUCGCAAGCCUCGUGAUCUUGACGAGAAUAACUAGAAACUCGCACUUUAUGUGAGAAACUUGAAUAAUUUCAUUAAAAUAUGUCCGAGGGUGAAGGCAGCGUGCAUUAACCCUCGCCCUGGCAGGGGGGUCGAUGCGACCCCCCUAAGGUUUUUCGAAGAUAGCGUAUAAACGGCG